AUGUUCAAAGCAGAUCUGCUGUUUGGAUCGAUAAAUUCAAAAGCAUAUUUUCUUGUCAAGAGUUCAAAACCCAUACAAAGCAAGUGGCGUUUAAAUUCUGAAAACGUCUGGAAAUUAUUCUGGAAUGUUCCAGCCUUUUCACUAUGUGUUCACGAAUAUACAGCUAAGACAAUUAGAAGUUGGUGUUUUGGUUCGAUUACACCCCAUUACUUUGAAGUAGAGUGA